AUGAAAAGCAACUUCAACAGCCUUGCCCACGCGCCGCCACACGCGCCGGCAGCGCGUGGGUGUGUAGAGAAUUUCCGGCGACGGAAAAUCUCCACACCAACGCUCACCCUUCCUACCCUAGCUUCUUCUCAAGGUCAGGAUCACUUUAUUCAACUACCACGAGGUCCAAUUCGCACGGGAACUGGCCGGAAUUUCAAAUUGAAAACCGGCCAAAACCUAGGUUUCCAAUUCGGUUCCAAAACUCAAAAUCGAUCCAAACCUACCCCAAAAUCAGCUAGAGCACGUAAAAAGAAGAAGAAAACUCACCAACUUUACUUGAAACAGACGGCGGAGGCGGCGGCGCAACGAUCGGAAACUUCCGGUUCGAACCAGUCGAUACCGUCGACGAUUCUCCGGCUUUCCGGCAAGGAAAUUGGGUGGGUCUUGAUCGGGACUUCACGACGAGUCCAACGGGACUGGUCUCGAGGGCUGAGGUGGACUGUGGCGGCGGCGGCACGGUGGUUUCCGUUCGGCUUGCACAGUGACGGGGAGAGGAAAUCGACGCAGAGGGAGGAGACGCGGGAGAGAGAGAGAGAGAAAGUGAGGGGUAAAUGUGAAAAAUCUGAUUUUACCCCAAACUUACUUCGAAAUAAUUACGGUUCUGCCACCGAACUUAUUUUGAUCGCCAAAACUUCGUUACAACUCCGAUUCAAGCCUACCGCCUGUCUACGGUUUCGUCUCAGUACCACCUACGCAACCAAACCACUCGUGGUCCCGAAAUCCUUCUGGAUAAGAAAAUGA